GUCUGGGGACGGGGGGCUGCCAGGCGGCGGGCGUGUGAAGCGCGGAUGGGUCUGGAACCAGUUCUUUGUGGUGGAGGAGUACACGGGCACGGAACCACUAUCCACUCGGACUCGGACGAAGGGGACGGCUCCAUCAAGUACACCAUCUCUGGGGAAGGGGCUGGCACCAUCUUCCUGAUCGAUGAGUUGACGGGGGACAUCCACGCCACGGAGCGCCUCGACCGGGAGCAGAAGACCUUCUACACACUCCGGGCCCAGGCGCGAGACCGCCAGACCAACCAGCUGCUGGAGCCCGAGUCAGAGUUUGUCAUCAAGGUCCAGGACGUCAACGACAGCGAGCCCCGCUUCCUGGGGGGGCCCUACAUUGGCAGCGUGGCGGAACUCUCCCCUAUCGGUGUGAUCCGGACUGCCGUGGCCAACCUGGACCGGGAGACCCAGGACCGGUACGAGGUGGUCAUCCGAGCCACGGAUAUGGCUGGGCAGCUGGGGGGUCUCUCUGGCUCCACCACAGUGACCAUCGUCAUCACGGACGUCAACGACAACCCUCCCCGCUUCCCACAGAAGAUGUACCAGUUCAGCAUUGCGGAGACGGCCCCUGUGGGCACGCUGGUUGGCAGGGUGAAGGCGGAAGACUCCGACGUGGGGGAGAACACGGACAUGACCUACCAGGCCAAGGACGAGGAGGGGCUGGGGACCUUCCGGGUGACCACCGACAGCCACUCCCAGGAAGCUCUGCUCUCCGUGCAAAAGCCUCUGGACUUUGAAGGCCAGCCAGUGCACACGGUGGUGGUGGAGGCCUUGAACAAGUUCGCGGACCCCCGCUUUGCAGACUUGGGCACUUUCCGGGACCAGGCUAUGGUGCGGGUGACAGUGCUGAACGUGGACGAGCCACCCGAGUUCCAGCCCCCCCACGGCCUGAUGGAGGUGCCGGAAGACGCGCUGGUCGGCUCCAUGGUGGGCGUCGUCACCGCCCGGGACCCCGAUGCGGCCAACAGCCCCGUCCGGUAUGCCAUCGACCGGAGCUCUGACCUGGAGCACAUCUUUGACAUCGACCCUGAGAUGGGCACCAUCGUGACGGGCAAGCUGUUGGACCGGGAGACAGCAGGCUGGCACAACAUCACUAUCUUGGCCAUGGAGGCAGACAAUCCCGGGAAAGUGUCCAGAAUGUCCCUCCGGAUCCGCAUCCUGGAUGUGAACGACAACCCGCCUGAACUUGCAACUCCUUACGAGGCUGCCGUGUGCGAGGAUGUCAAGCCAGGAGAGCUCAUCCACACCAUCAGCGUGGUGGAUCGGGACGAGCCCCAGAGCGGGCACCGCUUUGACUUCACGCUGGCCCCGGAGACCUCUGGCAGCCGCCACUUCUCCCUGCUGGACAUCACGGACAACACCGCUGCGGUUCGGACCCAGCGCCUGGCCUUCAACCGGCAGGAGCAGGACCUCUUCCUGCUGCCCAUCUUGGUGGUGGACAGCGGCCCCCCCACCCUGAGCAGCACCGGGACCCUCACCAUCCGCGUCUGCGGCUGCGACAGCUCCGGGGCCAUCCAGUCCUGCAAUGCCACGGCCUACGGCACGGCCGCCUCCCUCAGCCCCGGCGCCCUCAUCGCCCUGCUGGUCUGUGUGCUCAUCCUGGUGGUGCUGGUGCUCCUGAUCCUGACGCUGAAGCGCCACCAGAAAGGGCAUUUGGCCUCCGAGGAGGACGAGGACAUGCGGGACAACGUCAUCAAGUACAACGACGAGGGGGGCGGCGAGCAGGACACGGAAGCCUACGACAUGUCGGCCCUGCGGAGCCUCUACGACUUCGGCGAGACGAAAGGGGGCGGGGAGGGGGGCCCCGGGCUGCCCUCGGAACUGCGCUCCCUGCCGCAGUGGGGCCAGGCCCCCGACCUGGACUUCUCCCUUUUCAGAGACUACAUCAGCAGGAAGGUGGGGCUGGCGGACGAGGACCCCUCCGUGCCCCCCUACGACUCCUUCCAGACCUAUGCUUUCGAGGGGGCCGACUCCCCCCUCACCUCCUUCAGCUCCAUCAACUCCCGCUCCACGGCCUCCGAGCAGGACUUCUCCUACCUCCACAGCUGGGGCCCCCGCUUCCGGCAGCUCGCCGCCCUGUACGCCGGGCGCCGCGGCGAGGAGGAGGCCACCGAGUCCUGA